CAUCAAUCGACGCCAGCUUCGAGUCAUCACUAGGUGUCUUCCCGAGUAAAAACGAACUUGUUCAACGUCCAAGACUCACCAUGAUAAUACAACCAUCACAAUCAUGACUCCACAAGAAGCAGCAAGCUACAAAUCCCGGAAAGAGGCCUUCGUCUCGAAUCUGUCCGGGAGCUCCCUGAGCGAGAUCAACCUCGUCACCCUGGUUGCAAGUGCCGCGGUCCUUCUGUGGACGGUUCUACAAAAGCGCCAGAGCUUCUUCACGCCUUACACACCCAUCUCGCUCCUCGCCGACUUUUUACUCAAUGUCUGCGGAAUCCUCUUCGCCAUCACGUUAUACAGCUCCGCGCCACUGGUCCUGAGCAUCUUCCUCAUCACCCCAUCUCUGCUACUCCUCUUUCUCACGAGCGCACCAUCAAACUCCAGCUCGCCGGCACCCUCAUCGAAUCCUCCAAAGAAAGCCAAAGCCGCCUCUCCCUCUUCAAUCAACAAUGCCGCCUCGACCGCCUCAACCAGUUCAGCAUCACCAUCCCUCCCCGUCCGCCCUUUUCUAACCCACUACCGCGGCAGCAUGAUGAUCGCAACGUGCCUUUCCAUCCUAGCCGUCGACUUCCGCAUCUUCCCACGCCGUUUCGCCAAGGUCGAAACCUGGGGCACAUCUCUCAUGGACCUGGGCGUCGGCUCCUUCGUCUUCUCCGCCGGCGUGGUCUCUGCUCGCGCACUCGUCAAAUCAUCAUCGUCGUCGUCCAGCGCAGUCCCCUCCCAUUAUGCAAGUCCCAAUUUCACCAACCGCUUCCUAAUCUCGAUCCGACACUCCCUCCCGCUCCUCCUUCUCGGCCUCAUCCGCCUGUACUCGGUCAAAAACCUCGACUACGCCGAACACGUCACCGAGUACGGCGUGCACUGGAACUUCUUCUUCACGCUCGCCCUACUGCCGCCAUUCGUCGAGAUCUCCGACACCAUCACGCGCCAUCUCCACUUUCUGUCCUACGACCUUCUCGCCGUCCUCCUUUCCAUCAUCUACGAAAUUGCCCUCAACGAACCACAGCUCGACCUGCUACGCUACAUCCUCAUCUCACCGCGUGGCCCGGACUGGCUCUCCAAGAACCGCGAAGGUGUAUUCUCAUUCAUAGGCUACCUCGCAAUUUUCCUCGCCGGCCGCGGCACUGGAACACGAAUCAUCCGCUUCAACUCGCCGUCGCCGUCGCCGUCGCUGUCUCGAUCUGCCACUACUAGAAACAAAAACCCCCAAAACGACGACGACCAUGCCAUUGCCAAUGCCAGCCUUACCAGACAGGAGCGCCGGCUCGUCCUUCGCACCCUCCUCACCCGCGCACUUAUCUACUCCGCCCUCUUCCUCCUCUCCACACACGUCUACGCAUUCAAUCUCAACCCAUCCCGCCGCCUCGCGAACCUGCCCUACGUCCUAUGGAUCUCGGCAUUCAACAACGCCCAGCUCCUGCUCUUUGGGCUAGUCGAGGAGUGCGGGCCCGUCUUCUCCUACGAACCCCAGGACCGAGACAAAGUCCGUUUCGCGACAAGCCGCAUCCUGCGCGUCUUCAACUCCAACGGCCUCGCCAUUUUUCUCGUGGCGAAUCUGUUGACCGGCCUGGUCAAUUUGACCCUGAACACCCUCGACACCAGUGCCCUGGGUGCCAUGGUUGUUUUGAUUGCUUACGCCGCCGUGCUGACAGGGUUUGCUCUGGGGCUGGAUCACAAUGGCGUCAGGAUCAAGAUCUAACUCUUCACUUCGCACGUAGGAAUUCUUUGGCAUCCACUGAGGAGUCUGGAAAGGAAAGCCCUCGAAAGAGAAAGAGCCCCUCGAGGGUUGUACAGCAUUGCCUCCUAUAUGUGAUUGCAGCCCAUGUUCUCACCAUCAUGCACGCUCCUGUUAUAGCUGUGCUCACAAACAGGAUUGCUGGACUGGGAAAAGACAGGGUGAGCCCUCGGAGGCAACCAUAUAGAGGGACAAGUCAACGGCGGCCCAGCGCAAUGUCGUUUUCUAACAUCAUAAUAUAUUCAUGCUGGAGGAUAAAUGCUAGUACCAAGCCGCCCAUCAUCGUCUUUGACAGAAACACGCAUCCACUCGAGAUCCUCCUAGGCUCGCUACGUUUCUUCACACAGCAUGGAAUUCAAGCCUCU